AUGUUGGAUCAAUUGCGCUCGUACUAUAGCUUUCUUAAGCCCCAAAGCGGCGUAUAUCAGUAUAUGCCCUUCAAUAAGGCUCCCACCACCCGCUCACGCACUCGCAUUGCACUCAUAACGGGCGCCUGCAUCAUUGCUGCACUCUCAGUCUCCGCGCUCUUUGUUCAUCCCGUAGAGAAAGCAAGGCAAUACGGCAUAUUCCAGUCAACCGACACAUCCGGUCACGGCAGCAUACCCAGCAUAGUCCACUACGUGCAAAUCAAAAAGGACGAAAAAUCCGUCCUCAAAUUCCCCUUCUCCAGCUUCCUAAACAUCUGUGCCGCAGUCCUCUACAUCAAGCCCGAACGCAUCUACAUCCACACCGACUUCAGCCCCUCUGAGAUCAGUGAAGCCAGCGAAAAAGGCGACAGAUGGACCAAAUCCGUCAUCAAUACCUUCGCCGACCUCGUAAUCUGGAAUCCCGUACACGCCCCCACCUUCGCCGGCACAAAUGAAAACCAGCACAUCGACGCCAUCCAGCACAAAUCCGAUUUUCUGCGCUGGGAAGCCUUGGAGAAAACAGGAGGCAUCUACAUGGACUGGGACGUCUUCCCUUUACGCCCUCUAACUCCGCUCCUGACAACAGGCUUCGCCUUCAUCGGCGGCCGCCACUACGGCGGCGCAGGUGAACAGAGUGGCAUAAACGGCACCAUCAACAACGGCGUCUUCAUGACCAAGCCCAACAGCACCAUGGCCCGCAUCGUCGUCCGCGAGCAACACGCCGGCUUCAACGGCAAAUGGGCCGCAAACCUCCAAAGCAUGACCAACGUCGCCGAGCGCCUCGUCCCCAUCCCCUACGAAGUCUUGAUCCUCGACCGCACCGCGUUUGCGCCAACCCACUGGUUCCAGGAUAGUACGGAUCCGCUGUUCAAGCCGAAUGAAGGUAAGCCUGCGUCACCUGUACCCGAGAAGACGAAUUCUACCGAUGCGAUGGAGAUUUACGAGGUGGCAAUUAAGAAUCGCCGCAGGAGAGCGGAGUGGGAGAUGGAUUUUUCCUCGACGUAUAUGUUGCAUGCUUUUGCGCUGAAUCGGUAUUACAAGUAUGUUAAUCCGAAGACGAUUCUGAGUCGUACGAGUAAUUUUGGGAUUGCGACGUAUGAUACUGUUAGGCAUAUGGUGGAUAUGGGGUAUGUGGGGGAGCAUGAUGAGGAGUAG